CGUAGGUUUGUUGUUAUAAUCAAUCUGUAUAACCAGUAGUAAAUAUGAGAUUGUUUUUAGUCUUUUUUGUCACUCUUCUUAUAGAGGAAAAAGCAGCAUUUAAAAACUGUAGCGACAUUGAUCGUGACAAUGCCAUUCCUGACUAUUAUUGGCGCGAGUACCUUGGUGUCAUACCUUCUGAUGCUAUACCCGGAGGAUUUGAUAAAGCCAAUCAACGUACAUACAUCGGACAAAUGUAUCACUCAAGAUUUGGGCUGCUCCCAUCAACAAUAUAUAAAGGAUCGAAGCACUUUUUGGCAUCAGGUGGUGGCUCCUCAUUUGUCACCGAUACAUUUGUGAAAGUUUUAUGCAGCCCUCACCAUAACAGAUAUAAAUGGAUUCCCACUGAAAACUCUAAAAGUCAUCUAUUAAGCGAUUACCAUUUAGUAAUUGGAGGUAAUGAAGCCGGGUAUGUUUUAAAUAUUGGUAGAGUGAACCAUGAAUCGGAAAUAAUUUUGGGCAAGGUCUUCAAUCAUAACACUCCUCACCGAGGUCUGAGUAUACCAUACAAGUCUAAGGAAACUAUAUACCAAAGUUAUGAGAUUUUAAUAUAUGACUACUGUGCUAAUAGUACUGAGCGUGGACGAAUCGACGUGAGAUUUCUUGAACCCAAUGCUGUAUAAAGCGAGGAUGAAAUUAAAUUUCAACUAUUUAUGUUUCGUUUACGCAGUACGUAAAAUACUCCUAUAUGAAAAUAAAGAGAACAUUUUCAAUA